GUACUUUUUGACCAUUAAGAAAAAAAGAGUAGAAAAACCCUGGUAUCCUGCGGAAAAAGUAGUGAAAAUUUACUAAAACUAAGACACGGAGAGAGAGAGUGGAGUGGCGAGGACGAUGAUGGAUACUGAGAAGCUUGAAGACCUAAAGCAUUUUGUGGAGCUUUGCAAAGAGAAUCCUUCAAUUUUACAGAAUCCUUCCCUAACCUUUUUCAAGAGCUUUCUCGAAAGCUUGGGUGCUCAAGUUCCUCCGUCGGUUAAAUCUGAACAAGGUGGAGAAGAGCAUCAUGAUGAACUGGAUGAAGACAUUAUAGAAUCUGAUGUCGAGCUGGAUAACACUGAUAUUGUGGAACCUGACAAUGAUCCUCCACAACAGAUGGGAGAUUUUAUAAGUGAAGUAACAGAUGAAAAUCGAGAUGCUGCUCAAAUUUCAAGAGCGAAAGCACUGGAUGCAAUAUCUGAAGGCAAGCUUGAUGAAGCCAUAAGUCAUUUAACUGAAGCUAUUUUGUUGAAUUCAACUUCUGCAAUAUUAUACGCAACAAGAGCUAAUGUCUUCAUUAAGUUGAAAAAACCCAAUGCUGCGAUCCGCGAUGCUGAUGCCGCUUUAAAGGUCAACCCUGUCUCAGCAAAAGGAUACAAAGUGAGGGGUAUGGCUCGAGCAAUGUUGGGCUUAUGGAAAGAGGCAGCUAGCGAUCUUCGUGUGGCAUCCAUGAUAGAUUUUGAUGAGGAGAUUGCCGAGAUACUUAAAAAGGUUGAACCUAAUGCUCACAAAAUUGAAGAGCACUGCCGAAAGUAUCAACGGCUGCGAGAAGAGAAGAAGUUGAGAAAAAUUGAGCGUGACAGUCAGCAGCGUCAGGCAGAAUCAAAGGCAGCUAAUGAAAAGAGUAAAAAGAAAGAACAGCAAUCUGAACAUGAAGCUUCUGAUCCUGACUCUACUUCUGAUUUGAAUUAUGGAAAAAUUGUUGGUAUCCAUUCUGUGAGCGAACUAGAGACGAAGUUAAAUGCUGUUUCAAAAGUAUCACGUCUAGCUAUACUUUACUUCACUGCAACAUGGUGUGGACCAUGUCGUUUUAUUUCUCCAUUUUAUACAAGCCUACCUGAAAAAUAUCCAAAAGUUGCAUUUUUGAAGGCUGAUAUUGACGAGGCUAGAGAUGUGGCUUCAAGAUGGAACGUCAGUAGUGUUCCAGCUUUCUUUUUCAUAAAAAACGGCAAGGAGGUCGACAAGGUUGUAGGUGCUGACAAGAAUUCACUGGAAAAGAAGAUCGCCCAGUAUGCAGGCUAACUUUGCAAAUAGUCUGCUGUGUUGUGAAUUAAAUGCCUUUGCUUUGUUGAAAUAAAAGGCAUAUUUAUUUAUUUUAACUUUCUUUCAGUGGAGAAGUGUUUUCAAGGUUUACUAAUUAGACUGUUGUAAAAAUAUCUGAUGCAACUUGAUUCAAGGAGAUUUCUGUAGUUUCUUUUGAUGAAUCUAAGCAGACAUAUAUGAAUAGCUCAUCUUAUAAAUAAAAAAAUUAGGCAACUUAUUUUA